AUGUGGAUUAAAUGGAACUGCGAGGUGAUGGCGAGUGAAUAUGGUCUGACUGCAUUUAGAGAUUUCUUGAAGUCAGAAUUUAGUGAUGAAAAUAUUGAAUUCUGGUUGGCCUGUGAGGACUUCAAAAAAACUAAAAUGUCCACCCAAUUGGCCUACAAAGCCAAUAAAAUAUAUUGUGAAUACAUUAAGACUGAGGCUCCGCGAGAGGUAAAUAUUGAUCACAGAACAAGAGAGCUGAUCUCCCAGAAAAUAUCACAGCCAACAGUUAAUUGCUUUGAUGAUGCUCAACAACUUAUCGUGUGUCUUAUGGCAAAGGACUCAUUUCCACGUUUUUUACGGUCAGAGCAUUAUAAGGAGCUGGUGAAAAAGCAACAAAAUAACGGACAAAAAAGGUGGCUCUCCUUUUAG